AUGGCCGCUCUCGUUUCAUUGCAAGACAUUGAAAAUGCCAUUGAAAUAAUCAAAAAAAGUCCUAUGGUUUACAGGACUCCACUUUUACAAAAUGUGCAAAACAUGAUGGGUCUUGGGGACCAAUUUAAGCUGCAUUUGAAGAUGGAAAACAUGCAGAAUACAGGUAUAAUUUAUUACUUAAACACAGUAUAAAACAUCGAGUGAAAUUUACCGAUGUUGAUAAGCUAUAAAACCACUGAUUAUCUUGGUAUGUGUAAUGGUUUGUGUCGACAUUUAGAAGGGCUUCGAAUUUCCUGAUGUAACUCGAACUGUAAUUCUCAAGAGAUGAAUGUUAAAACAAGGUUCCGUCUUUCUACACCAAGGGCUCAGUCUGAAUACCUGAAUUAAUUGGAGAAAGUCCCUCUUAGGGUGGGGGUUCGGUUACGUACGGUAUGUCUCUAGUAUGAAUUUCAAAUACGAUGGUUUUGCGUUUUCAGGAAUGUAGGUCAUGUCUCUCUCUGUAUAAUAUUUUAACGUACCAUAAUUAUUUCCUCAAAAAAUAGCAGGGGCAAUUAUUUUUCCCUUCGCCCCAACAGGCGGCGAUUAAUCGAGGGAGGCGAUUAUUUCAAAUAUUGCUCACUGGAAGUCGUGCCCUAAGUAUUGUUUUUGUUCUAUUAUCCCAUUAUAUCAAAAAAUAAUCACAUCAAAUAAACUGAACAUGGGCUUAUGGUGUUCCAAGAUUAGAUUAAUUUUCAUUUCCAAUAUCCUUGGCGUCAAAGCUUGAAUUGUUACCGAUCAGUUUUUGCCCGAUCAGACUCCACUUCAUUUUCAGCCUCCAGAUUUACAUACCGCUAUAUAUGGGUAUCCCUGCAAGAGGGUGAGGGCAAUUAUUCGAGGGAGGCGAUUAUUUUAAAUAUUUCUAUUAACGGGGGGUGACAAUUCAAGGCUCAAGGGAGGCACUUAAUCGAGGGAUGGCUACUAUUCAAGGAGAUACGUUAUCUAUCCAUUUCAUCUAGUCUUAUGUCGCCUUUGACCAGAUGAAUUUUUUUUGUUGCCCGUAAGUGGGCCUAUAACUGGGUGGGGGCCUGUAACACAGGGAAAAAUAACCGAUUCCCAUUUUUGGAUAUUUUUGGGUAUUUAAAAAAUACCCACAAAAAUCCCAAAUUUGGAAGAGUGAGACAAGUCCCAAUCUGGGAACUUGGUUGGGAAUUCCCUGGUUGGGACUUGUCUCACUUUGCCAAAUUUGGGAUUUUUGUGGGUAUUCUUAAAAUACCCCAAAAUAUCCAAAAAUGGGAAUCCGUUAUUUUUUCCUGUGUAAGUAGGGGGAUGGGGGCUUAUAAGGGAAAGUUUAGGGUAGCUUAUAAACCUUUUUUGUGUUAGGUUCAUUUAAAACCCGUGGCAUUGUCAACCAGUUUGCCCACAUCCCUGCUGAAGUCAUUGGCAGCAGGAGAAACCUUGUGUCCAUCUCAGCUGGGAAUUAUGGCAAGGCAUUUGCUAUUGCUACAAAGAAACAGAACUUACCAGCGACGCUGUGUAUGCCAGAGACAGCACCUGUGAACAGAGUAACGCUAAUUGAGGUAUUUCUUUACUUUUCUCAAGUUUCUAAAGGCAAAUUAACUGUCUCUUGAUUGAUAUCUUAUGAUAUUAAAACUUAAUCACAUGCAACUUGAACUUACAAGAAGCCUACAAUAAAUAUUGACCCAAGUUGUACCUUUAAAUCUACAGUCCCAAGACAUUUGUAUAAGGUUUGAUUUGCAUUAAUAUACAGUCAACAACUCGUGUCAUUUAUAGGCAUAAUUACUGUCAACAUAUUGCAUGCAGUAAAGCUGUGGAUAGUGAUUAUCUUACGGCUAACCUGAAAUAACUAUAUUCGUUUCUAACAAUUCAAAGCUGAUUUGCAGAGUCUUGGUGUGACAGUGGAAAGAAUGCCAUCAUGCAAUUUACAAGCUGCUGUUGAUCGCCAUGUCAGUGAUGAUGGCAUGUAUUUCCUUCACUCCUUUGAUGACCUUAAUCUUAUCGCAGGCUAUGGAAGGUAACACAUUAUUUCUGGCAAUAAAAUGAGGGAGGGAGAUGGAGGGAGCGGUGGGCAGUUGGGUGAGCUUUUGAUGGGUAUGUGACUUUGUGCCACAUGUCUCCCAGAACCUUGAUCAGCCCAAUAUUAUAGUUAUAAACUUUGCAUAAUCGAAUUAUCAUAAUCAAGGCUGAGCUCUUACAGUGCCUGCACACAUUUCCAAUCCUCUUGACUAGAUUCUAGAGGACAAAACCUGCCUGGUGGCCCCUGGCACACAACUUUUGCGUACAGGUGACUAGAAAGUCUUUUUUUUAGAUAUAAAUCAUACACUGGGCACCAUACUGAUCUCACAGAUUCAUAGAGCAUAUUUGCAGAGCUGACCUUACAAUUUUUUUUUAUAGCUUAGCCUUGAAUGAUAUUUAUGAGUGCAAUGCUGAAAUUAAGGUGACAAUUGACUCUUGAUCUAAUUUCAAAUUCUCCAUCUCAUCCACAAGCAUAAUAUGAAGUGCACUGGAAUUACAUUUUUUUUAUCAGUUUAUCAGAAGCCACUUAAGAGCUUUACUCCAGCUGGCACCACUUAACGUUGUGUCUACAAAGCUACCUUUUCUUCUGAUCAACCCUUUUUAAUUUCAAUGUGUCAAAUUUGUUCAAAAUGCGCAAUGUCCCAUUUAAGUACAACUUGUCCCGAGUCAUCUGUUUGUCUCUUAUAUUAUUUGAUGAGGUUUAAUCGCUACUGGAAUAGCCUGCAAUGAGUAUUCUCCUUAUUCAAUUGCUAGUGCUGGUGUCGAGAUAUUAGAAGAAAUUCCAAAUCCUGAUGUAGUGAUUGUGUGUUGUGGAGGAGGUGGCCUAGUCUCUGGUGUUGCGGCAAGCAUAAAACUUAAGGGAAGUAAAGCAACAAGAAUAUUUGCUGUGGAACCUGAAGGAGGUGGGUGAAUUAGAAGUCAAGCCCUAUCCCCCAUUUCAGUAGGGUUAUAAUUGCCGGUAACUUCUGGAACCAUCAGUUUAAAAAGAUCUGGGAUUUUCGAAAAAAAAAAAUUAUUGAAUGCAGAUGUACAAUGGUGAGAUAAUGACAAAGAAAAAAUUAAUAAGCUUUUAAAAUAUAUUAAAUUUGCAGCACCUACUAUGUAUCUGAGUAAACAGCAAGGUCAUUCUGUCAGUGUGAAAUCAGUAAACACCAUCGCCUCAGGACUUGCUCCACCUUAUGCAGGUAAGGAAGACGGUGAACAUAAUUUCUGGGGACUCUGCAAUAAAAUAGCUCAAACUAUAUUAUGUAACACUAGCACCCCGCAUAUAGCCCAUUGCUACCUAGAAAUGUCUGUGCAUUGUGCGUUUCUAAUAUUUAAGGACAGUUUCCCUUCCCAGUAGCGUGCUCAGUCUUUUCAGUGUUCUGUACACUUCUUUACCUGCCCCGCCCACCUCCUCGCAGUUAUGAACUAUUUAAAUUCACUAAGAAACAAUAAUAAUCAUCUUUAUUGAGGAAACUUUUUCAUAAAAGAUAUGGUUUUCAAAAAGGACCUCAAAACGAGAUAUAUAUUAUAAAAACAAAAAAAAGCUAUAAAAUUGCAAAGGGAUUAAAAAGAUACAAAAAAUACAUAAAAAUUAAAAAUAAGUAUAAGUAAAAAUUAAACGUAAGUAGCUAUAUUAAAAACUUAAAAACAUUACGUUUAAAACUAUUUACAUUCCUUGAGUCUUUGAUCGUCUGACUGAGGGAGUUAAAAUCGGAAACGGCAUGAUAUUGUGUUCUUUGCUUCCCCCAAUUUCUUUUGACACGUGGUAAUCUAAAAUUGCCUUUGUUACGUGUAUUAUGCCUAUGAAGUAUGUCUUGUGUAAUCAAGUCCAUAUCGUGAUUAAUUAGGCCAUUGAUGCAUUUGUAUACGUGUACACACCUUCUUUGAAAUCGCUUUUUCUCUAGAGGCAGCCACUUGAGAACGACUAAUGCCUCAGUGGAGGAUGAGUACAAUGGUCUAUUUAAAAUAACUUAACGGCCUUAUUUUGCAAAACUUGCAAACUAGACAUAAGGGUAAUAUUAUGUUUAUCGCCCCAUACUAGAUCAGCAUAUUCAAAAAGGGGCAUAACAAGACUUUUAUAGAAAAGUAGACGCGCCCUGAAAGGCAAUAAAUGCUUUAUACGCUUGAGAAGCCCAAGCCUCUGAUUGAUUUUCCCAGUUAGGUGUUCAAUAUGGUCAGUCCAUGUGAAAUCCGAAGAUAUAUGUAUACCGAGGUAUUUAAAGCUGCGAACAUUACUUAUACUAUGAUCUAAAAUUAAAACAGUCAAAUCUACUUUGCUUUCGCGUUUCCUAUUACUACUGAUAAGCAUGCAUUUAGUUUUGUCCAAAUUUAAAGUCAGUUUGUGAUCAUGAAGCCAUUUUGCCACACCCAACUUAUCACUCAACUCCUUUGAGGAUGUACCUGAUAUAGCAAUAAAUUACAGUGUCGUCUGCAUAAAGUGACGCGUAGCAGGAGUUAAGCACAUUUGGCAAAUUAUUUAUGUAAAUCACAAACAACAGAGGCCCUAGAAUGCUACCCUGUGGCACGCCAUGCAUGACUGGAAGUUCCUCAGAUAACACUACCAGGAGCUUCCUGCUCCUACCGCCUCUGGAACUGGUCUCCCAUAUCUGACUAGCAUUACAGGCAUUGUUUGUGGAUGGCCCCAGUGAGAAUAUAUCACAAUGUCUGUUGUGAAAGAGACCAGCAAGCUGGCAAGAAGAGUGGGGAUCACAAUGUACUUGUCCAGGCAAAGUGCCAACCUGCAGAGAACUUGAUGGUUUGUUACUUUUUUCUCAACAGGAAAAAUUACUUUUCAGCAUGUGCAAGAAUUUGUAGAAGAUGUUAUUUUAGUCACAGAUGAUGAGAUCAAGAGGUCAGUACACUGAUAACCAUAUAUAAUAUAAAAUCUGUUUUUCCAUAUAGAGUCUUAAUUUUUCAUUCUGUUGAAUUUGAAGGAAAGACAGCUGCAAAACAUUAUCAAAAUUCAACUGUGUAAUUCCAGAAACAUCUGUGCAACACAUACUCUUUCUCUCAAAUAAAAUAAUUAUUGUAUUUUAUGCUGUUGGUUCAGGCCUUUCCUAUAAUUUGUGAAGUUGAUUUUACUCCCCUCCCCCCAAAAAUAUCCUAUGGUGUUACACUGUGGGCGGAGAAGAAGUUAAGUGAAAUUUUUCUUGUAACAUCUAGGCUUACUUAGAUAAGAAGGUUAUGAAUAAUGGCUAUUUUAAGUGACAUGGGUAUGACUAACUGGAGGUGAUUUCCGAUGUACAAAAAAUUUGCCUUGACACUUCCCCAUUAUUUUGUAUUGCUAAAGUUUCUUCACUCGUAUAGUAACAAUUUGCUCAAAAAUUUGGAAUAAGUCCUCCUCUGGUUGCAGUCUGCCUGUCAAGAACACCGUUGAUUGUACUUAAGCAUCCAAAAUGAAUUUUCACAUGACAUUUCUCAGUAACAACAGUUAAUUUUUUAAAACCUUUCUUUUUACGCAGGGCUGUAAAGACAUUUUACCAAGCUGGUCUUGUUGUUGAGCCCUCAGGAGCUGCAGCUUUUGCAGCCUUACAAUCAGACAAAAUACCAGAUUUAUUGCCUGGAAGCAAUGUAGUUGUCAUGGUCACUGGAGGAAAUGUAACAACUGAAGAACUGUGUGAUCUUGUUAGGUAG